AUGUUUUACAACCUGCUCUCAGCACUGAUUUUUGCCAGCUUUGCCUUCUUCUUGGGCACAGCCCACUACCCCAUCUAUUUUUGGCCCCUGAUGAGAACCAAGGAGUACAAGCUAGAACAAGCCAUAAAUCGGGCUGGUAUUGUCCAAGCAGAUGUGCAGUCACCAGGAUUGAAAGUGUGA